ACCACCAGACUUUUGCGUGGUUACGUAAUAAUUAAUUGAUCCCACAAAACUAAUAUCAAUCCACGCACUGUAUUUUCCCACAAGUGCACGAUUUAUCACUUUUUUUCAAGAAUUGUUGGCACAUGUAAUCGAAAUAAACGCACGUUUUGUAUGAAUUCGUAAUGAAACAAUGGAUGUGAACUGCUGCUGUUGUGAAUAAUAUGUAGCGGACUAAGUUUUUGGUGGCGCACUUCUACCGACUGCCAACUGUAUAAUCAAAACUGCAUUGACAUUCUCAAGACCGCUACAGCUACUGAGCUAGUCUAAACUUCACAAACCGGAUGUCGUCUUGGAAUAGAAUUAUUAGAAAGCUUUGACGAACGCUUGAGGAUUUCAUAACUUUUGGAUUAGGACUAGGAGAAGAGGCGUAUACGUUUUGCUUGAUCGCGGUAGCUAGCCUCGACAUGGGGAAAAGAAACAGCAAGUUGAGGCAGGAAACUUUGACGGAUCUUCUGGAAAAAACUCAUUUUAAUGAAAAGGAAAUUCUACAGUGGCACAAAGGAUUCUUGAAGGACUGUCCCAAUGGUUACCUGAAUCAAGAGGAAUUCUCCAAAAUAUACCAGCAGUAUUUCCCCACUGGAGACGCCACCAAAUUUUCCUCUUUUGUAUUCAAUGUCUUUGAUGAAAACAGUGACGGGGCAAUAGAAUUUGCAGAGUUCAUCAGAGCAUUAUCAGUCACAUCAAGGGGCAACAUUGACGAGAAACUAGACUGGGCGUUUCGGCUGUAUGAUCUGGACCAUGAUGGCUUCAUUACACGUGAGGAGAUGUUAAACAUUGUAGAUGCUAUCUAUCAGAUGGUAGGCAAUAUGGUCAGUCUACCAGAGGAGGAGAAUACGCCACAGAAGAGGGUGGAUAGAAUAUUUGCCCUCAUGGAUAAGAACAAGGAUGAUAAAUUGACAAAGGAGGAGUUUCAGAAUGGAUCUAAGGAGGACCCAACCAUUGUGCAAGCAUUGUCACUCUAUGAUGGCCUGGUAUGAGAGGCUAAAGAGAUUCUUGAUGAGCAGGAGCUGCAAUACUUAAGUGAGCACAAAUUCUAAGAUGUUAUUGUUCAGAGGUGCAAUGUCCAUCCACAUGUGGAUGUUCAUGGUCUUAACUUGUGUUGGAAUACAGCGUUUUCAAAGUCAGAGUUAAUGUUAUCUCAGGCAAGGGAAUACUUACACAUGUAGUAACUUAUUUUGUUUCUCAAGUAUUUUUUUAAUCUUGUUCAAACGAUUCUUUGGAGGUUCUGUUGGCUUAAGAUUUUCUGAAAUUCCAAUAUGGACAUUUGGCUUCUGAAUGGAAAAUGACCAGUACUAAAAAUGAAUUGAAAGUCCACUUCUGAUGCAGGUGGAGUAGCCCAAGGAGUAAUAACAUUAGACAGUCUUCACCAUUUAUACAUGCAUGGAUCCAGAUGGGGACAGACAGAAACCAUUUCCAUCACUUUCUACAUGUCUUCCUCCAACAAAGUGGAAACAAUUUCCAUUUAUAUAUUGUAGAGCCUUUUUUUUUAAAUAACAGAAUCCAGCGUCAUCAUGACAGAAUGCAUGACAUAAUUCUCACCUGGUUCCUAUAGACAGAAUUUUCAUGAUGAUGUCAUAAUCACUGCGUCUUCAGUAGCUGUGCAGUGAGAGACGUUUUGUUUACAUUGAGUGUGCGGGAACGGUCAGAAUGCCAUUCAAAACGUGACGUCAUCAUGAACUUCUUUUUUAUACUGCAACAGUAUUGCAGUGUGGUUCUUUUGAGAGUUCCUGAGCACAGUGUACUGCAACUACAAUCAGUACCAAGCCUAUGAUGACUGAGUACUUAAUUUAAGUGUGUUGAUCAUUCAAAAUGAAUGAAGACUGACUAGGGUCCAAGUCCUUUUGCAAAUACCGUGUAGAUUCGAAGGCUAGUGUCCAGAGCUAUGGUUAUGUCGGUUGUGGUCGUUCAUGCUGCACUAGUUAUAUGUCAGUAUUCUUGGGAGCCUUUGAAAAGGACUCCCCUACAGCACUGUAAUGUCACAUACAUGUAGUAAACAUUGUCAUGUCAUAGCAUCUCAGGUUUAUUGACAGGAGGCUUGAUGUUUGAAUCAGAAUGAGUAUUGUAAGGGGUACAACAAUAUUGCAAGAGUUAUCUGGGCCCAGGUUUUCUGGCUCUGUGCACAAUAAGUGAAGAAGCUGCACUAUUACAUUUGUAAACCAUUGCAUUAAAAUUAAGUCCUGUUGAUAAGCAAAUUUCCUGGGUAAGCAUGGAGUUUGGACCUCGCAUCAUGCAAAAGGAAUUCUGUGCUUACAGAGUUAGUGCAGAGGUUCUGUGUUAGCACUGUAAGCACAAAAUGGUGAUUAUAAGUGCAGAAUUCUGUAGUAAGCAGAGCCAUAUAACAUGGGACCCUGAGCUCCUGAUGAAGUAGCCCUUUGGAUAUGACUUGGUGGGCAAACUAAUCUUUAAUGAUUUGUUUCCUGUGAAUAGAGCCUUUGCACUGCAUCUUUGAUGUGUAAUAUAUGCUACAGGGAUACGCAUGAGUAGACACAAAACACACCUCCAAGAUGGCUGCUGAAUGCACUCUAUCUAUACAUGCCAACUUGCUUAGUCACAUACCAGUGUUGUAGUCGAGUUCUUUGUUCCGAGUACCAAGAACUGCCGAAUUGCUCAAAACGGUACUCGAGUGGUACUUGAGUGUGAGUACGGUGUACGAGUACUACAACACACUCACAUACUCCAUCAGCCAUGAACCCUGUCACAAUUAUGAUUGUGCUUGACAUCGGUACAUCAGUUUGUUGGCCACUCGAGAAUAUCUUUUCUAACCACUGCCUCCGGCUGAAUCUGAUGUAAAAAAAACACCAAAUUCACAGAUAGUAAAAGUACAAUCUGUGUUAAGCUGGAAACUUGGCAUGUAUGCUAUAGUUGAACUAUUAUGUUUUUACAGAGGUUUUUUGGGGGUUUUUUUGUGGCCGUCUCAUCAGUACAUGUAUUUGUAUAUACAUGUAUACACAUUAAAAAUAUACAAUAUUUUUAAUGAACAUGAUUGGGCAGAAUGAGAUCUUGUGUAUGUAUUUAUGUCAACACCUUACAUCUGUGCUAGUCCUAUAUAACUAGACAUCUGUUAAAAAGGAAUCAGACUGAAGAAAAGGUGACUGUAAAGGGAUCAUUCUAUCAAUUUGGGGUCCAGUUUUUGUGUCCCUGUUACAUCUGAUGUAUACGAUUUUGUAAUUCAGGACACAUAUUUAAUGCCUUGUAUCUCCAAGAGUGAUUAACUGUAAAGCAAAGUCAAACAAAUACAAAAAUAGUAUGAAGUUAAUUUUAACGAUACUCGAAUGGCAAAUUACACAGGUCAGUUGUAACAGGGGCACAAAAAAUAGCACCCUUUUGGACCCCAAAUUCAUGGAAUGACCCAAGUACAUGUGUCCUGAUAGCACUGUUUUCUUUUCAGCAGAGUAAGCCAGGAUAAUUAAACUUUGUACCUCUCAUAAAACUAUAUUAUAUAUUAUUAAGAACCUAUGUGACAUGUUGAUGAGGCAUGAGUGGGGUGCCACCUCAGUAUUCAUCAUCUUAGUCAUGUCACUGGUGUAGUGUGUAAUGUGACCUCAUUGUUGACAUAUUGAGUUUGGUUGAAUCAACAGUAAUGGUAUUUUAAGGUUUACCUAUGUCUGUACAUUUACAUAGAUCUUGAAUAUUUAAAAUCAUGCAAUUUUGAGUGAUACUGGAUUGUUUAUCUUUCUGGAAGGUUAUUAUUUGUGGCAAGACUAAUUAUCUGCAAUAAGUGUACAUAAAGAGGCGUAUAAGAAGACAUUGAAGUGUAUUGAUAAUGUAAACUUUAACUAAGUAUCCAAAUAAUGAUUGAGAAGUUAGAAACCAAAGUGAUUAAAUGUUUGUAUAACUAAUUCAAUUUUAUGCUAUUAAAUCAAUCCUAAACUUCACAUUUUAUUGCAACUUUUAAUACAAGUAUUGAGGGUGGUGAGCAGUCGUUCCUUGACAUGAGAUAAAUGCAGACACCUACAUGUACAAUGUACGUGAAUCUCUAGUACUACGUGUGUGUUCAUAUGCCCAGUAGUUUGACUAUAAUGGUGGUGGCCAUCACAAAUAUCUUGUGCAGAUGAAUUUAGGCUUCGUAAUAUCAUACUGGAGCUGGCACCAAUCUGCAUUGUUUACACACAGUACCAGUGAUAUGUAAAUGUACACACACAAUAUAUACAUUAGAAACUCUUGUUAGAAAAAAAGAAAAUUUUUAUCCACAGAGAAAAUUCCAUCUUUUGUGCUCAAAGCAUUAUGUAUGAAAAUGCCAGUUCCUUGUCAACAAAAUUCAAAAUAGGCCUAUUGUUUGGCAAUGUCCUCAAAUUGCCAGUGUCAUCUUUUAGCCAUGAUUCACUGCCGUUGCUUUGUCCUUCCAUCAUUAGCUUGUCUGUACUGUCAAUUGCUUAAAUCAGCCAAUGCUAGAGGAUGUCAAUCUUGUAGCACCUACGUGUACAUGUACUGUCACAAAGCGCAGGACAACUUGUGCAUGUGAUGUGAAAUAACAUCUUUACACCAUGACUUCAAUGAGCUCAUAAGUUCCUGUACUGCCCCAAACUGCCCCGAUUGUUGCUCCCUAUACUGCCCCAAAACUGCUCUGCAUGUUACUCCCUAUACUGCCCCAAAGUGCCCUGCUCAUUACUCCCUAUACUGCCCCAAAGUGCCCUGCUCAUUACUCCCUAUACUGCCCCAGACUGCCCUGCUUGUUACUCCCUAUACUGCCCCAAACUGCUCAAACAUUUUAUGGCUUCAUCAAGGAAUAAAUACAAUGUAAUGCAAUGUAGUACAAGUGCUCAUGGGUUCAACAUGUUACAUGUAUAUAUACUGGGUAAUUUCAGUGAGCUAGAAAUGACCAGUUAAGGUCAAGUUAGACAUACAGUUCAAUUCAGAGAAGUUAUAUAUUUUAUAUAAAAUAUUACCAAUUUCUCCAUUAUGUCAGCAAAAUAACCUGUAAUUGUGAUUGUUCACCGUUGAUUAAAUCUGAAUAUUGCCAGGUGUAGAUUAUUUGAAUCUAAUCAUGGGAAAUUUGUGAAGUUUUGAAAAUACUGAGAUGUAAUUGUUGGAGUUUUGCACUGUUUAUCAUUGUCUAUAAUCUACAGGCUAUCUUAUUCAGGUCAUGUAUUAUGUGCGACACAAACAAUCUCUGCAUAGCCAUCCCAGUGCAGAUACUCUGCACAUCGUACAGAAUUUGACAAUGUUAUUUGUAGACAGCAUCAGAGUUCAUAGCAUUUUCUAUGAGGAACAUGUAUUUUGCUACUUUAUUAAUAUACCUACAUUUAUCAGGAGUGCAGGUUUCUCUUGGAUGAGCUGUUUCCUCAUUUUACACUUAGAAAAGCACUACAGAGUCUUGUAAAGCUUGAAAUUUCCUCUUUUUCAGUGGUACUUCCCAGUUACAUGCCUGAUUUAUUGUAAUGUGUCUAUGCUUCAAAUUGAUUGUUUGUCUUUGUAUACAAUAUAGACUGUAUCAAGGGUUAUUUUUCCUCAUUUAUGUUUCAUCACAUCAAGAAUGUAAGUACCCUUUACAACAUUUCUUGUCAGUACUUGAAGAAUAAAGAUGUGUUGUCUAAAGGUUAUUGAUUUUGUUUUCACUUAAGUUUUACCUGUAUAAAGAACUGAACAUAUUAAUAGUGCUAGUAAGAAAGUUAAUGUUUAUACAGGGUGAUUAAUUAUUUGAAUUUUGUGAAUAUUUUUGUAUUGUUUUCCUCCAAAGUGAAUUGCAAUAGUUAAAGGAAUGUAUUAUAGACAGAUAUUUCUUGGCAGUAUAUACAGUAUUUACACGUACUUGGAGUAUGAAGGUCAUUUUGUAACUUGCACCAAGGAAUAUAAUUUCUGAAUAGUUUGCAAGUCUAUUCUGAUGAGACACUUCUGAAGUAGAUGUGUACUGAUUGUCACCUCACAUAUUUUUCUGUAUGUACCAGUAAAACCACUCUUGUAGGUUAGUGUCGGGACAGAUACAAUUAGAUAUGAUGGAAAAAAUAUACUAGGUUAAAACAGUGCUCACUGAUGAUCUAUGAAAGUUGCCGAAUGUUCAGACGAAUCGUCCAUCAUCAGGGCAGUGCAGCAUUGAGAAGUGUUUUAACUUUAUACAUUUCCCCACUAUAAUUCAGUGCUUUGCAGCAAUUUGUAUUUCACACUUAGAUAUUUAUACAUUUCUGUGUGGUUAUUUAUUUCAAAGGUCCAAACUUCUUUGUAGUGACAUUUGAUAUUAAAUUUUCAUAUUUCCUCUGUCAUGAAUCUCAAAUUGUCCUUUGAUGAGCAGCAAUGUAUGAACCUUUUAGUCCAUGUACUGCCCAAAAGCACCCUGCCUCUUGCUCCUUAUACCGCCCCAAACUGCCCAAGCACUCCAUGGUUUUAUGGUUCAUCAAGGAGUAAACACAGUGUAGAACAAUGUUAAACAAAUGCUAAUGGUUAAAGUGCUGCAGAGGGUUUUUUUUUUUGGUCAUGUACUGAAUACUUUUCUCGAUGCCCCAGCUGGUGUUUAUCAGACCAGAGUUCUGCUUUUUUGUCAUGUACAUAUUAACUAUGUGUCAGGUGUGCCUCAUGAAUAUUUAUUAAAAGUUUUAUGGACAUUUAAAGGAU